AAAGAGCCACUCUCGCCGUGUGCUCAAUCUCGGGGCUCUCCGCUACACAUGAGAGACUCCCUGAAAACCGUUGAAUUGUUCGGGGUGUCACACUCUGUGAUUCCCACAAAUACACCCACGCCAUCGCCAUUUUUCUCGCCCUGAACACUCCAAAUCUCUCUUGUGGCUCAUCUUCAGGUCAACGGAGCGUCUUUCGUGGAAGGGUUAAAAGGUCUCUCAGGUGGAAGAAUUGUGGGGAGAAAAUCAGGGACGUACGUCGACUGUGUCACCAGAUUCAGUGACUAUUGUCUUUUAGAGAGUUCAAAGUUGUUUUUGGGGAAGAUGUAGGAAGAGAGAAGAAUUUUGUGCUUUCACGCCUCAGUGUCUCUUUGUGCUGAAAGUGUCCGGGGCAGUAGCCCUUUAAGAGUGCGAGAUGCCAUCCAGAGAACUCCAGGGACACAAGGUUGUCCUGGGUGCGGCAAAUUUUGUGUUUUUAACGUGUGGAAUGGCACUCCUGGCCGGUGGAUUUUUCCUCUUCACGGACAAUCCCAGAAUACUACUUUCGCGACUCCUGGGAGCAACAAGUGAACAACUGGUGGAUCUUCCGCAACCAUUGUUCUUCUACAUUGCAUUGGGACUCGCAGGAGCUGGAUUUAUUGCCAUCUGCGCAGCUUUAAUCGGAUGCUGGGCUGCCUGUUCCGGAACUUACUGCAUUCUCUCAGUGUAUUUUCUGGUGGUUUUGGUGCUUCUUCUAAUCGAAUUUGGAAUCUGUCUUCUAAUCACGCUCUGGCCUCAGUGCAUGGGCUUGGAUCUCGAUGAGACGGAGAUGGUUAGGGCUCUGCAGGGUAGCUAUGGUGUUCCGGGGAAAGAGCAGUUUACAGCAGCAAUGGAUCUCGCUCAGACUCUCUUCAAGUGCUGCGCCAUCAGCAGUGACAUCAACUAUGACACUUCCCUGUGGCGUUUGCAGGGAUUUGGUCACAGGGAACUCACAGUACCCCUCACAUGUUGUGCCCUUCAGAAUUCCCGCGAUCGCAAUGCGUAUCUGGGUCCCAAGCCCAUCAAUUUGUCCCUUUGUCAAUCUCUCCAGAGGCACGAGUAUCAGAGCUUUCGGCAUCUGGAGAGCUGCUAUGACAAGAUUGACUUGUGGUAUCGACAGCAGUAUGUGAUCUUCCUGGGAGCUGGCAUGAUUGUGGCCAUCGUGGAGUUCUGUGUUCUGCUGAGUAUCAUUUUGAGCUGCACGAAGCACGCCAGGCAGCGUCAGAAGCGUAAAAUGUCCCUGAGGCAGAUUAUCAGGGAGGUUGAUGAGACGGAAGUGAGUGAGGGUGGUCAGGAGUCUAUUUCCAUGCCGGAUUUUACAGGAAGUUCUCCUGCAGCACCAACAAGGCUUAGCAAUCGGUCAAUUUCCAAGCCACGUGUACCCCCAAAACCCACCCAUGUGACCCAGAGGGUACCCGAGACAACAAUGCAGUACCAUGCGGGCCUACCGGAACCCGAUGAUGGCCUUCCGGAUGUGAGGAAGGUCUUUGUUCAACCGCCAGAUGUCUACAAACCCAAAAAUAUUACAACAUUUCGCCCCGCCGCCUCGGAUUAUCACAUCUCCCGGAGUCACCUUGUUUAGCAGACCCAGGAAUAGCCCCAAUUUUUAGUUCUCUAAGUGAUUUUCCAUCGAUUUUUCACCCCAUUUCCCCAUCACGUGUUUCCCUCUUCUGCAAAAUAAAAAGUCAAUUUCCCGCCAAAA